AAACGAAUGUGGAUCAAAUCCUUGUACCAACGGGGAUUGUUUGGACGAGCCGAACAUGUACAGCUGCAACUGUUAUUCUGGUUGGACUGGCGUGAACUGUCAGAUUAACGAAAACGAAUGUGGAUCAAAUCCUUGUACCAACGGUGAUUGUUUGGACGAGCCGAACAUGUACAGCUGCAACUGUUAUUCUGGUUGGACUGGCGUUAACUGUCAGAUUGAUAUUGAUGAUUGCUCCGCUGAAGCAUGUGCAAAUGGGGGAACCUGUGUGGAUCAUUUAAAUGCAUAUACCUGUGAGUGUCCUAAAGGUUUUCGUGGAGCUAUUUGUGAGAACGAUGACCCUUGUGCAUCGAAUCCAUGUAUGAAUGAUUGCUCAUGCAGCGUGGUGAAUGAUACGACAGCAGUAUGUACUAGCGACUCGGUCUAUAUUACUGGAACAUUUUGUGAACAAGGUAGGCUUACCUAUGUAUCAUUUUAAGGGCUUCUUUGAUAUAUGAUCUUUCUUACGAUUCGCUAACUCAA